GGCAUACUAAACUUUUUCAGUGGCGGACAGGAAAUAAGGUGGGGCUUAUAGGGAGAGAUUUUCACAGAUGGCGGAUUUAUAGGCCUACUACCUAAGCACCAGCAUGGUUGGGGCUGAGGAUCAAACAAACAAAUCCAAAUCUAUGCAUUACUGUCUAUUCCUUUUGUGGCUGUCAUUCGUUGCUGUCUCUCUGUGAACACCCAUUGCCUUACUCUCUUUCUCCUGAAAUCUGUCAGCAUAUAAAUCAAGGAGGUGCAUUGCUGUUUGCUGCUAGAAGAGCUGCGUCAUUUAUAGAUCGUAUACCUGUUAUAUAAGUUGCAACAAGUAUGGCAGACGACGCCGAGAAGAGACCGGUACGUCUGUUGAUCGAUGAACUGGCCAUUGCAUCAGUUCGAAUCAGAACACUUGGUAGAUUGGCAAAGACAUCGAUAUUUGCGAUUGAACAGGAGCUAUUCAGCUCCAUCUUUAAAAGAUCCAUAAACAUGCCACUGAACGUCUAUCUGACAGGAAGUCGUUACGAAGGUAUGCCUCUCGAGAUCUUUAACGAUAUUGACGAAAUGGUAAAUUUUCGAGAAAGUCCGGUUGUACUGUGGAAGUGCCCAGAAAAAGGAGAAAUGCACGAAGGCAGAUAUGUGAUUGCUGAGCAAGUUUUAAAUCAGCCAGCAUUUCUGAGGAUUAAGAAAGCAAAUACAGAAUGCUUAAACAUGGACAUUACUAUUGAUAACAAUGGAUAUUUGAAGUCCUCCGAUUUCACUACACCUUAUAAUACUCUUAUCAAUAAUACCUCUAAACGUCAAAUGUAUCUAACGGGUCCCGCGUUAACGACACAUAUUCCAAUGGUGCUGGUGGGACGGAAAGACAUUCCACACUAUGGCGGUUCUUUAUCAAGGGAUGUAGUCCAGUGUUUGAAAUGUCAGUCUUGGCCGUCUAUUACCAAAUCAUUUUUUAACCGAGAAAGACCAGCUAAUUGGCCAUCACAGGAGUUGCUAAAAAAGAUAUCACACCUAGACUGUCUUGUAGUUGCCGUUGGUCAUCCAAGUAGCACACAGAGAGAUAUUGAAUGGAGACUUUCGUUUUCCGUAGCCGAGACAAAGCUUAGUCAUGAAAUUUUCCAGCCCUAUUUUGAAUGCAUGGUGGUUCUGAAAGACAUCAAGAACAGGUAUAUUAAGUACGAUAAGCGUAUCAAACAUACGCCAUUUUGCUCGUAUUUCAUCAAGACUGCAUGUUUCUGGACGUGCGAAAGAUUCUCACAUAAAGAUCACAGAACCAUGGAUUUAAUUAGGAAAGUGUUAAACUGGCUCGUUGAUUGCUAUCAACGAAGAGUACUGCCUCACUAUUUUAUCCCCGAACAGAACAUGAUUGGUCAUCUCUCAAGAGAGGACUGCGACGGAGUAAUUGCAACAUUGUCUGAAAUUGACAGAGAUCUUUGGAAGAUGGUGAUGUCGAGUUUCAUGUUUAAAGGUCUUCCAAUGAACGUUGAUAUUAUUAACUCCCUGUGUGACAACCUAGGGAUCGAUGGAAUUAAGGUGGAAACAGAUUGUGCAACACUGGAGCAAAGUCUUUUGAAACAUCCCAGAGCACGAGAUGAAAUUGUAAAGACUAUUUCUAAGCUACUUCCAAAUAGUUUCGCAUUUGAACUAGUUAAGUAUUUGACAAUCUGUGAUUCCACAAGUGAGAACCCACUUAGAAGCUUAAUAUUAUUAUUAAUUGGAAUAUUGGACCAGGGAUGUCUUUCUUUGGAUAUUUUGAAGAUCCCAGAAACAUUUAUUCUACCGAUUGUAGAAAAAAUUGAAGAUAUUGUACCGAUGGGGUAUGGGAAAACAUUCAAUACGUGUUUGUACCGUUCUCUAGGAACAAUGUAUGCUCAUUUAGUAAUGUACUUAGAAAGGCGAGGUGUUUGUAUCCCUGAUCUGUAUCAAGAUAAAGUAUUACAUUACUACUCCCUGGGAAACACAAUGUACUUUCCCAACGAAGAAUUAAGCGACCAAGGAAUUGGUACACUAGUUUUAGUACUGAAGUAUUAUUAUUUAAAGCGCGACUUCCGAUCCGCCAAAGGUUUACUGAAAAAGUAUGAACCUUCACUUUGUGUUGUGAAAAAACACACCUCGUUCAUGUGCCGAUUAUCUAAUAUCAUAAUAAAAUUUGAAAAUAAGAUGUAUUUUGCAUUCGGCGCAUGGGCAGUGGAUCAGAAUGUUCACCAACUUGUCAUCGAACUCCGCAAACUUUACAUUCAUCCUGUUGCACUGGCUUUUUACAUACAGGCCAGGGUGUCAUUAGAAGAUGGCGACGCAGAAACAGUAUCUAGGGCCGUGAAAAGCAUGGAAGAUUCUUUGAAGACGACUUCAGUAGAACUCGUUAGUGAUUGCACACGGUUAUUAAUUGGUGUUAUAAAAACUUUAAUUUGCAUUAGGGAAUUACCUUUUAUAGGUGUACAGGAUAUAAAUAAGAUUUGAAAAGCAUCCAAUAGUGCGUUACCAAAACGCCGUAUACAACAGGGCAGUAGGCAGACAGAAGAACAACCCCAGAGGCAACCUAGACGCUGAGGGCCGGGUUGUCAGAAAACUAUAUCGGUGUUGUGGGAAUAAGAUAAAAUAAUAUGGCGGUAUUUACAGUUUCAGACGAGCCAAGUGCUGUACAAGAUACCUCAUUUAAAAACAAUGAUAGAAAUUAGCUCCUAAAUGUCAUCUUUUCGAUAUUUUACAUUAAAUAAAUUGAGUCAAGUGUUUUUAUUGUAGAAUUAGGA